CGUCGGGUGCUGCUGUCAGCGUGGUGGGUGCUGGCCGUCGUGGAUCGUGCACGCGUCUCGACGUUUUCACCGGGCGUUCCUCUCGCGGAACAUGUCGCGAGCGAAUCGAUAGCGUUUCGAAAAACGACGAUGCACCGUGUCGAAAGGCAGUGGCGCGAGUGACGAAACGGUGAGAACGAAACGACGCGCGAUUGCCACCGAGAUAAUAACAGAGACGGGAGAAAGCGGGGGAGAAAAGGGGAAAGAGAGAAAGAGGGGAGAGAGAGAGGGAGAGAAAGAAAGAGAGAGAGAGAGGGAGAGAGAGAGAGAAAGAGAGAGUGAUUAUUCGGGGGCGGGGGGUCGAGCGUCUCUGUUUCGGGGUGGUGUCGAAACUCGAGGUGACAGUCUCGCUGCCUCUGACAGACUGCGAAGAUGAAGAGGCAGAAUGUCAGGACCUUGUCGCUGGUAGUGUGCACGUUCACGUAUUUGCUAAUAGGGGCGGCGGUGUUCGACGCGCUCGAGUCGAACACGGAGAGGAAACGCUGGGAGUUUCUCUCCGAGGUACGCCGGAACAUGAUGAAGAAGUACAACAUCACGCAGGAAGAUUACAAGAUGCUCGAGAUCGUGAUAAUUGAGAACAAGCCGCACAAAGCUGGCCCACAAUGGAAAUUCGCGGGUGCCUUUUAUUUCGCUACGCUCGUGCUCGCUAUGAUAGGAUACGGGCAUUCGACACCGGUAACCAUAGGCGGCAAAGCGUUCUGCAUGGCGUACGCCAUGGUGGGCAUCCCCCUCGGUCUGGUGAUGUUCCAAAGUAUCGGAGAGCGUCUGAACAAAUUUGCAUCGGUGGUGAUCAAACGAGCGAAGACCUAUCUGCGGUGCAAAAAGACAGAAGCGACGGAAAUGAAUCUCAUGCUCGCGGCUGGCAUGCUUUCAAGCAUCAUUAUUACCACCGGUGCGGCCGUAUUCUCACGUUACGAGGGAUGGAGCUAUUUCGACAGCUUCUAUUACUGUUUCGUCACGCUUACCACCAUCGGUUUCGGUGAUUACGUCGCUCUUCAGAACGAUCACGCGCUUUCAAACAAACCUGGAUACGUGGCCUUAAGUUUAGUUUUCAUACUAUUCGGCUUGGCCGUCGUCGCCGCCAGCAUAAAUCUGCUCGUACUUCGUUUCAUGACAAUGAACACAGGGGACGCUCGUCGCGACGACAACGAGCUUCAAGUGGCCUCGCAUCAUUUGCUGACCUUGGAUGGCGAGGUGGUGGCCGUGAAUGGGAAACUGCUGGCUGGACACUUGGCGCUGAUGCCGGACGCGGACGACUGCGUCAGCGUGUGUUCGUGUACCUGUCUUGGGCCAGGGACCUCGGAGCUGCUGGACCAAGGGUACCAGGGCUACAGACCUCCAACCGCUGCCAGCCUUCGCGUGAAACGCGCAUCCGUCUGAUGGAGGGAGUUCCGUCGUCGCAGUUUACGCCGUCGACUGUCGAGGGCCAACAGCAGGGAGCUGCUCGGCAUCGACGUGUAAAACCGACCCCGAGAUCAUCCAACCACUCUGAAACCCGCACCAUUCCCUAAGCACGACCCAAGACGAUGCGGACGAUAUUCUGUGGCCGUUCGACGAACUGUACGCUCGAGUUGACGAGCUUUCUGCUUCGACGUUUGUUGGGCGAAUCGGAUGCGAAGGGACACCUGCGAGAUACCUUUGUACGGUCUAGUUCGAGGUUGAACGGUCUUUCACCAGGAUUUGCUUUAGUUAGGCUGAAUUGAAUUUUGUACGAUUGGACGCUUGAAAGGUACUAUUGGUCACCAGAGCCAUUUUUCGAAUCAUGGAACUAGUUUUCUAUCGUGAAUUUUAUACGUGAUCUUGACGCUACAAAUUUCUGAGUACGGUAAAUUCUUCCCGAUUAUUGCUCGGCUUGUAAACAAAAAUUGACAACUCGGGAAGAGGGGCU